CCCAUUCCGGGCUCUGGGGCUCGGGUGGGGAGGCUGCAUCCCAGCCUGGGGAGAUGGAGCUGGUGCGAAAAGUUUGGGCGCCGCUGUCGGCAAGUGCCUGAGAGGUGGAGGCGAGCUUCUGCCGGGCCAGACAGCUGCGGACAAGGACCCCCUGCUUUCACUCCCGGCUCAGCUCGGCCACCUCGCCAGGAGCCUGGGGCACGGCCCCCUCCCCCAGGUCGGGGAGCCCAGGGGUCCCGGGGACUGGCCUUGCCCGGAGCCCGGCGGGGCAGGCCCGCGCCUCCCGAGGCCAGGGGAGGGUUGCAGCGUGCUGGCUGAUGUUUGAGCCAGCAUGUCGCGGAGGAAGCAAGCGAAGCCUCAACAUUUCCAAUCCGACCCCGAAGUGGCCUCGCUCCCCCGGCGAGAUGGAGACACAGAGAAGGGUCAACCCAACCGCACCACUAAGAGCAAGGAUGCCCACGUCUGCGGCCGGUGCUGCGCCGAGUUCUUUGAAUUGUCAGAUCUUCUGCUCCACAAGAAGAACUGUACUAAAAACCAACUAGUUUUAAUUGUAAAUGAAAGUCCAGCCUCCCCACCUGAAACCUUCUCCCCCAGCCCCACUCCGGAUCAUCCCGAGGAACAGAUGAACGACACGGCUAACAAAACAGAGCAAGGAGACUGCAGUGACCUGGCGGAACCCCACGGACCGGACAGGGAAGAGUCCAUGGAGGUGGAGGCCCCAGUGGCCCACAAAGGCGCCAGUGGCCCCCUGAGCAGCGGUGGCGACAGCAGCGCCCCCCCAAGCUGCAGCAGCGGCAGCUCCUGCACAGGUACCUCAGCGAUCACAACCUCUCUACCUCAACUCGGGGACCUGACAACACUGGGCAACUUCUCCGUGAUCAACAGCAAUGUCAUCAUCGAGAACCUCCAGAGCACCAAGGUGGCGGUGGCCCAGUUCUCCCAGGAAGCGAGGUGCAAUGGGGCCUCCGGAGGCAAGCUGGCCGUCCCGGCCCUGAUGGAGCAGCUCUUAGCUCUGCAGCAGCAGCAGAUCCAUCAGCUGCAACUGAUCGAACAGAUUCGUCACCAAAUAUUGCUGUUGGCUUCUCAGAACACAGACUUGCCAACAUCUUCUAGUCCUUCUCCAGGUACUGUACGAACAUCUGCCAACCCCUUGUCCACACUCAGCUCCCAUUUAUCUCAGCAGCUGGCGGCAGCAGCUGGGUUAGCACAGAGCCUCGCUAGCCAAUCUGCCAGCAUCAGCGGUGUGAAACGGCUCCCCCCCAUCCAGCUACCUCAGAGCAGCUCUGGCAACACCAUCGGUCCACCCCACAGCGGCUCUUCCCCCAGCGUUCACGUACUGGCGGCGGCAGUUCCCACCCCAUCCUCGGAAAAAGUGGCUUCGGGUGCGGGUGCCUCCCACGCCCAUGCCGGCAACCCCGCAGUCUCGGCAUCCUCCUCACCAGCUUUUGCAAUAAGCAGUCUAUUGAGUCCUGCAUCUAAUCCACUUCUACCUCAGCCGGCCCCUGUUAACUCGGUUUUCCCCAGCCCUUUGCCCAACAUCGGAACGACGGCAGAGGAUUUAAACUCCUUGUCUGCCUUGGCCCAGCAAAGAAAAAGCAAGCCACCAAAUGUCACUGCCUUCGAAGCAAAAAGCGCUUCGGACGAGGCCUUCUUCAAACACAAGUGCAGGUUCUGUGCGAAGGUCUUCGGAAGCGACAGUGCCUUGCAGAUCCACCUCCGUUCCCACACCGGAGAGAGGCCGUUCAAGUGCAACAUCUGCGGGAACCGGUUCUCCACCAAGGGGAACCUCAAAGUCCACUUUCAGCGCCACAAAGAGAAAUACCCUCAUAUCCAGAUGAACCCCUAUCCCGUGCCUGAGCAUUUGGACAACAUCCCGACCAGUACCGGCAUCCCCUACGGCAUGUCCAUUCCUCCAGAAAAGCCGGUCACCAGCUGGCUAGACACCAAACCGGUCCUGCCCACUCUGACCACUUCAGUCGGCCUGCCGUUGCCCCCGACCCUCACCUCCUUCAUCAAGACCGAAGAGCCAGCCCCCAUCCCCAUCAGCCAUUCUGCCGCCAGCCCCCCGGGCUCCGUCAAAAGUGACUCCGGGGCUCCCGAGCCGGCCUCGAGAAACCCGGGUGGGCUCCCAGAGGAAGCGGAAGGUUCCACUGGGCCCCCCUCCAGUGGCAAAAGCGAAGAGAGCGGCGUGGUCCCCAGCUCAGCCCCAGCCGUGAGCACCGGCGUGCUGAGUUCCCUAGCAUCCGACGUUGGCCCAGGCAGUGCCUCGACUUUCACCAACCCUUUGUUGCCGCUCAUGUCCGAGCAUUUCAAGGCGAAGUUUCCUUUUGGGGGACUCUUGGACUCAGCCCAGGCUUCAGAGACAUCCAAGCUUCAGCAGCUGGUCGAAAACAUUGACAAGAAGGCCACUGACCCCAAUGAGUGUAUCAUCUGCCACCGGGUCCUCAGUUGUCAGAGCGCCUUGAAGAUGCACUACCGCACCCACACCGGGGAGAGGCCCUUUAAGUGUAAGAUCUGUGGCCGGGCUUUCACCACAAAAGGGAACCUGAAAACCCAUUACAGCGUCCAUCGUGCUAUGCCCCCGCUCAGAGUCCAGCAUUCCUGCCCCAUCUGCCAGAAGAAGUUCACGAACGCCGUUGUCCUGCAGCAGCACAUCCGAAUGCACAUGGGGGGCCAGAUCCCCAACACCCCGGUCCCUGACAGCUACCCCGAGUCCAUGGAGUCUGACACGGGCUCCUUUGAUGAGAAAAAUUUUGAUGACCUAGACAACUUCUCCGAUGAAAACAUGGAAGACUGUCCUGAGGGCAGCAUCCCGGACACGCCCAAGUCCGCGGAUGCGUCCCAAGACAGCCUGUCUUCCUCGCCUUUGCCUCUAGAGAUGUCGAGCAUUGCUGCUUUGGAAAAUCAGAUGAAGAUGAUCAAUGCCGGCCUGGCAGAGCAGCUGCAGGCCAGCCUGAAGUCAGUGGAGAACGGGUCGGUCGAGGGGGACGUCCUGACCAACGAUUCGUCCUCGGUGGGUGGUGACAUGGAGAGCCAAAGUGCUGGCAGCCCGGCCAUCUCAGAGUCUACCUCCUCCAUGCAGGCUCUGUCCCCAUCCAACAGCACCCAGGAAUUCCACAAGUCACCCAGCGCCGAGGAGAAGCCACAGAGAGCAGGGGCAAGCGACUUUGCCAAUGGUUUGUCACCCACCCCAGUGAACGGUGGGGCUUUGGAUUUGACAUCUAGUCACACAGAGAAAAUCAUCAAAGAAGAUUCUUUGGGGAUCCUCUUCCCUUUCAGAGACCGGGGUAAAUUUAAAAACACUGCUUGCGACAUUUGUGGCAAAACCUUUGCUUGUCAGAGUGCCUUGGACAUUCACUACAGAAGUCAUACCAAAGAGAGACCAUUUAUUUGCACAGUCUGCAAUCGUGGCUUUUCCACCAAGGGUAAUUUGAAGCAACACAUGUUGACACAUCAGAUGCGAGAUCUACCAUCACAGCUCUUUGAGCCCAGUUCCAACCUUGGCCCCAAUCAGAACUCGGCGGUGAUUCCCGCCAACUCGUUGGCGUCUCUCAUCAAGACAGAGGUCAACGGCUUCGUGCAUGUGACUCCUCAGGACAGUAAGGACACCCCCACCAGUCACGUCCCUUCUGGGCCUCUGUCAUCGUCCGCCACGUCCCCAGUUCUGCUCCCAGCUCUGCCCAGGAGGACCCCCAAACAGCACUACUGCAACACGUGUGGCAAGACCUUCUCCUCGUCGAGUGCCCUGCAGAUUCACGAGAGAACUCACACUGGAGAGAAACCCUUUGCUUGCACUAUUUGUGGAAGAGCUUUCACAACAAAAGGCAAUCUUAAGGUACACAUGGGCACUCACAUGUGGAACAGCACCCCUGCCCGCCGGGGUCGCCGGCUCUCCGUGGAUGGCCCCAUGACAUUCCUAGGAGGCAAUCCCGUCAAGUUCCCAGAAAUGUUCCAGAAGGAUUUGGUGGCCAGGUCAGGAAGUGGGGAUCCUUCCAGUUUCUGGAAUCAGUAUGCAGCAGCGCUCUCCAACGGGCUGGCGAUGAAGGCCAACGAGAUCUCGGUCAUUCAGAACGGCGGCAUCCCUCCAAUUCCUGGAAGCCUGGGCAGUGGGAGCAGCUCACCUAUUAGCGGGCUGACGGGAAACCUGGAGAAGCUCCAGAACUCAGAGCCCAGUGCGCCCCUGGCUGGCCUGGAGAAGAUGGCAAGCAGCGAGAAUGGAACCAACUUCCGUUUCACCCGCUUCGUGGAAGACAGCAAAGAGAUCGUCACAAGUUAAAUCCGCUCUGGCUGGAGAAAGAGCAUCCCCAUUCAGAAUGAGACCCAGGGUUGCCUCCUACUCCUUGCCCCGUGCCCCCCACCUUCUGGUCCCCCCAGAUCUCUGAACUACAACAUUCUGAAGACAUUCUUUUGUACCUUGUUCAACUUCUAGAGUUCUAAGAAAGCUUAUUUAUUAGUGAUAUAACCUGGCUUUGCAAACAGGAUGCAAGCAUUAACUUUGGUCUUCUGUAUUUUUGGACUAAAUACUAAUUGACUAGAGUCCUGUAAACUUGCUGUAACAUUUAUGGCAAUUGCAAGUUGCCCUGCUAGGCGGUCUUAAUCUGGCAUUAACUUAUUUUCUAUAUCCAGUUUAAUAUGAAUCUGGUGUUGAUGCAAUGCCUCAGUGAUGCAUUAGAUCUCUAAUAAAAUCUGUAUAUAAAUGUA